AUGGCUAGCAACGGGCAGGAUCUGUCGAAGGUGUCUGGUCCGGAGUCGAUGAGCAAGCCGACGACAUCUUCAAUCGGAGCCCAGGUCCAGAAUGGCGCGCCCAGCAUGGAUGCUACGGCUGACGCAGUGAAGCCUAAGAAGAAGAAGCGAGGCGGCAAGAACAAGAGAAAGACUCGGAAGCAAAGCUUCGCCGCCGCUACAGAAAGCGGAGCCGAGGGAAUGGAGGAGGAAAGACCCAGUCUGCUGGAUGUACCCGACCCUCACACUUCAGCCCAGCAGCACAACUUCUAUCGUUUGCGAGCAGGCAAGGGAAGCAACACCAGCCUCGAGAGCGAGGCCCUACUCGACCACAGAGAGCAUGAGUCAUCACGGAGUCGAAGAGAGAGCUUAUCGCAUGGCUUCUCUCGACCCAGUCUGCCCAUGGCUCGGAACCGUGGCUCUGGCUACUCGGCGCAGUAUACUGCUGGUAAGAAGUCACGUCUAGCCCGAGGCGCUAAUUCCGCUAUCGAAGAGGAUGACGACGAGGAGGAAGAUGCGACUGAUCAGACAGCUCUCCUAGCAUCAAGUGCUCGCCGACCCAAGCCCCAGUACUCGAGGACGAAUAGCAGUUUCCGCCUUGAAUCGCCGAGAGCCAGGCGGUCGUCUGGUCAUUCCAAGGGCUCACAGAAGAAGAAAAUUGGAGUCGACAUUUCUGCACGACCACGUCCAGGCGCUGCACAAGAUGAAAAUGACAGUGACUACGAUGUCAAUAACCCGCCAUCUGUGCCGAACUCGCCAAAGAUAGGGUCGAUGGACGAUAUCAUGAUGGGCAGUCAUGACUCUCAGCGAGGGCGUGAUGCUGUGAUCAGCAUAGACGGAGAUUACCGUCCAGAUCGUAUGGAUUCAGAGGAGUCGCCCGAUGCUUCGCGCCGCCGGCCUACCAUUGCGGAUCUGGCAGAGCGAGACGUGUGCUUCCCCGGUGAGGACACAUCAGAGCUUGGUGAGGAUGACCGAAGAUCUACCGAUGUGGCGAGCAGGACCCGACGGAAGCAUGCACGGGAGUUUCCAAAUUAUGGCAUGCUCGAAGAUUGGGCGAUGCAAGAGAAAGAGGAGCGUACUCAUCAGGAGCAGAUCCGUGUCAAGAAGAUAUCGGAACCGAUCAUGGUUGGUGGCCGUCUUCGACCUGGCAAGAGUGUCUGGCAUCGCGAAGAAGACGAUGCGCCCUUCCGCUUUACCUACUUCAAUGAGCUAAUGGACAGUACGAUUCAUGCACGGACUAUCAGCGAUCUUCAGCAGGAAGGUCUAUCGUUCCGUGACCUCUUCACGCCCGAGCCAAUUGAACUUAGCUCGUCGGAAUCAGAGGAUGAUGAAGAAGGCGAUGACAAUGGCCUGGCGCGUCCGUCUGUGCAGCACACACUUCAACGACAUCUCAGCCAACAUCCGCCAGAUUCUCUUCACACUGGCCAGGACAGCAACGGAGGAAAGCGCUCACCGUCCGCAUCGGUUGCAGGCACAGGAUCCAAUACGCCUCGUGCUCGUGACGAAAGUGGUACGCCGCGACCAAGGUUGAAUGGCAAGAGGUUCAGCGCAAAGCCCACCUUCUGGCUCGACGUGCUACAGCCCACGGAAGAAGAGAUGAAAGUUAUCGCUCGUUCUUUCGGCAUCCAUCAACUGACUGUGGAAGAUAUCAUGAUGCAGGAGCAGCGUGAAAAGGUGGAACUCUUCUCCAAGUAUUACUUCGUCAAUUAUCGGUCGUUUGAACAGGACCAGGAAUCCGAGGACUAUCUGGAACCGGUCAACAUGUACAUUGUGGUCUUCCGUGAGGGUGUACUGACCUUCCACCACUCAAUGACACCUCAUCCGGCCAAUGUACGAAGACGCAUAAGGCAGCUGAACGACUACAUGAGCCCAUCUGCAGAUUGGAUCAGCUACGGCAUCAUCGACGAUGUCACAGACGCAUAUCUGCCAUUAGUGCAGUCUAUCGAAGAAGAAGUGGACGAGAUCGAUGACCAAAUCUUGGGCAUGCAUGAAAACUCCGGCGACAUACAGAAGCAACAAGCCAAGGCCUCCAAGCAACUUGGCAAAGCUCUCAAUGAGAAGGAGGGUAGUCCCAAACCUACCAAUCAAGCCGACAUGGGUGCUCAGAAAGCUGAAGGCGAGAAGACGAUCGGAGAAUCCGGCGGUGAUAUGCUGAGACGAGUCGGGGAGUGCCGCAAGAGAGUUAUGAGCUUGUACCGCCUGCUCGGCAACAAGGCCGAUGUGAUUAAGGGGUUUGCAAAGAGGUGUAAUGAGCAUUGGCAAGUCGCUCCCCGUAGCGAGAUUGGUCUAUAUCUUGGUGAUAUCCAGGACCAUAUUGUUACGAUGACGGGCAACUUGAGCCAUUACGAGAAUCUUUUAUCGAGAGCUCAUAGCAACUACUUGGCUCAGAUCAACCUCCGGAUGAACGAGCGCUCUGAGCAGACGGCGGACGUCCUUGGUAAACUCACCGUUCUCGGUACAAUCGUCUUGCCGAUGAACAUCGUGACCGGCUUGUGGGGUAUGAACGUCUGGGUACCUGGGCAGGAAUAUGAGGGUAAUUUGAUUUGGUUCUGGUGGGUACAUCCUCUUUCAUAUCGAUUGUCGUUGACGCUGACUUCUUGA